GGAUAAGUGUGCGGUGUGAUUUUUUUCUAUCUGCAUUCAAAAUCAAAACUUGUUUCCCCUCUUAAUUAUACCGGCUGUGAUUUUGGGCUUAAAGAUGGGUUGAGGGUCGACGGCUAGACAGUUUAUAGUCAACCAUAGAUAGGCCAUCAUGUCUCGUAGAUUAAGCGCAGUGACUCUUUGUGAUGCUCCUAUUGCACCUGGCGGCAUCGGCGCCCCCAACACAAGUGCCGCAAAUUCGCAUUCCCGGCUUCCAGCUCGAGCCCCUCGAUAGCACAUACUACCUCAGAUACCACUAAUUGGUCGAUAAUUGAUGUUGACUGAUCCAUCUCAUCCAUUUUUCCUGGCUUCCAGCAUCCAGCACCCGGAAGGCACUAUCCGCCAGGACUGCAAGUCCAGGGUGUGAUUAAUCAGCCAUUCCAAGAGCAGGGCACUUCGCUGGUGGUCACCUACCAGGCAGGUGCCAAUGGUUACGUGGCCAAAUAUACUUAUGGCAAGGGCCCGCCCACACCGCCGACCCAGCUGCCACAAUUCCUCAGUCCCAAUGCCUUGAAAUCAACAGCUGGCUAGCGCCUACUUAAAAAUAAAACCCUCCAGAAACCAAUUUGUCUAUAGGUUUGUUAAAAGAAUUAACAAGUGUUCUCUUUUCAAAACAAAACAUUUAUAAUAGGCCUCCAAUUCUGAUCUCUGGCCGUUUUAUAGUAUUAGUGUCUGGCCUUUGUUCAGGUUUAGUUAGCACGUUCAAGCCAGUUUUUGUUAAAAAAUAUGAAAUCCUAAGCGUGGGCUUAACAGUUUCAAGCCACCAGCCACGGGCGAAGCAUCAUCACCGACAUGUCUGCUACGCUGUUUAGUUCGCUGCUAGUAAUUCUAGUUUUUCUGAAUGGGGCAAUCGCGGCGCCUCGGCCUGCUCCCCUGCUUGUGCCGCGCAUCGACUCCGAAGAUUUCCAACUCGAGCCGGAGGAUAACAAGUACACUUUGAGGAUAUAUUAUCCGGAUGGGACGACUCGUGAGGAGACCGUGGAGGAGAUUGCUCCGGGAGUGUUUCAGGUCAAGGGCUCUUUGAGUCAGACGUUUCCAGAUCAGGGCCUCGUCUUAGAGGUCUUCUAUGAGGCUGGACCCAAUGGCUAUGUGGCCAAGUACAAAUACGGGACGACCACGACUCCUACAUUGGGGCUUCCUCCCAGUGUUCUGAAAUCAACUGCCGGAUAAAAACCAAACUCAAGAAUAAUUUGAAAUAAAAGUGCUAAGCAAAAGCCAACUGAAAAUAACUUUAGAUUGUUCUGCGUUACUCUUGCAUUUUUCACUGAGAAUUGACAAUGGCUCUAAAACUUUAGUCAUAGUAGAAGCUUCUAAAACUGCUUGUUAAUGGUUCUCAAACUGCUGUAACAGCUGCUGAACGGUCUCUCAUUCUGUUAGGCUCUCUAAAAGCUCUUCUCUCGCUCUAUUUCCCCUACCUACUAUUUCUGCUCCCCCCUCAAACUGUAAACGAUACAUUUGGCAUUGAAAUUGUCGCGUGAUCGAUUCAUAAGCAUGUACAUACCUUUUACACACCACCCCCUGUAACGUGCAACCACGAUGUAGGCGAGAUGGUCCUCUCAGCUUGGAGCGGUACGCUGUCAAUUUUCCGGCUACUGGCUCGUCGGCCACGAGUGUGGUGUUCUUAUGUAUUUUGCUCCUAAGCUGAGGCCUACCCUAUUAU